AGCAACAUUCAUAAAACGAUGAAGGCUGAAUUUUUGAUACGUUGGACUUGACCGAGCUUAUUGGCAGGGGUACUUAAUCGUGUGUGUGUGUGUCUCUCUCUCUCCAUCCAUUCAAUCGCAUCUCUGCCGUCACGUGAUCACCGCCAGAGCGAAAAUGCGCAAAGAGCGCCACGACCAGACGCGGCAUCUCGACAGCGGCUCUCCAAAAACAACUCGCUCGCCACACGCGCGACAGCAAAACGGGGAGGGGAGAGAGAAAAAAAUACGUAUUCGAUUUUUUUUCCAGAUAGAGGGAGACCGAUGGCAGGCUGCAGCCAAUCGUCGUGUGCGUGACGUGGAAGCGCACCGGUGUUGCGUAUCCUGUUGAUUGUGACCGAAGAGACAAAAAGCCUCAGACAGACAGUCGAAGCUCCACUGACAAGAGGCCACAUUAGAUGGCCCCCACGCCAGGCUUUUGUUUGUACACAGAACCCCUCUUUUCCUCUUUUUGGGCCCCCCGUUUUUUAUUUUUUUAUUUUUAAGCGUCAUUCACCGCGCGUCGUGCUUUUCCUCUCGCUGGUGUCGAUGCAAGUCAGCGGCGUUGAUGGUGGGAGCGUGUGCUUUCAUCCACGUGCAUUGAUGUAGCGCGCAGCGAGGACGAGAUAAGAGCCCUUAUCUCAGCACGUGGAAGCCCGUGGAAAGAUUUGAUUGAUGACAAAGUAGACCGUCCAUCAGGAUUCUUGUCUAAAUCGGGGAUUACGCAUCCAAACUGGGAUCUAUGAGCGGCAAAGUGGCGAAGCCUAAAGAAGACAAGGAUGCUUCCAAGGUCCAGGAUGAUGCUGCCCCAGGUACCCAGGAGUACAUUAUGUUACGGCAGGACUCCAUCCACUCUGCGGAUAUAAGGAGUAAGGGGUCCCCCUUUCGUGCUAAGUGUCACGAAAUCUUCUGCUGCCCGCUGAAGCAAGCCGUCCACAAAGAGAACGCUGAACCCGAAGAGCCCCAGCUGAAGGGGAUCGUGACCAAGCUGUACAGUCGACAGGGUUUCCACCUGCAGCUGCAGGCAGACGGAACCAUUGAUGGAACCAAGGAGGAGGACAACGGCUACACGAUGUUCAACCUUAUCCCCGUCGGCCUGCGAGUGGUGGCCAUCCAGGGGGUGCAGACCAAACUCUACCUGGCUAUGAACAGUGAGGGCUACCUGUACACUUCGGAACACUUCACGCCAGAAUGCAAAUUCAAGGAGUCGGUGUUCGAGAACUACUACGUGACGUACUCCUCCAUGAUAUACCGCCAGCAGCAGUCAGGCAGGGGCUGGUACCUUGGUCUGAACAAGGAGGGAGAGAUUAUGAAGGGCAACCACGUCAAGAAGAACAAGCCGGCGGCCCACUUCCUUCCAAAACCUCUGAAAGUGGCCAUGUACCGAGAGCCGUCCCUCCAUGACCUGACUGAAUUCUCCCGCUCCGGUAGCGGCACACCCACCAAGAGUCGGAGUGCCUCGGCGAUGCUGAACGGCGGCAAAGCUGUGAGUCAGAACGAGUCGACGUAGCGCCGCCCGCCGGACUCCACCUUGAAACCUUACCUCCAGCAGAGCGUGAAUCCAAGCAGACCCUCUCCUUGUAUCAGCGGUUCGGCACUUGCUGCAACAUACCACGCAUUAACACCUAGAAAACAUCAAUAACUAUAAUUAAAAACAACACACACACACACACACACACACACACACACACACACUUAGCGGCAUUUAUCAUGGUUUCCAACACUUUUAACAACAGCAUUAAUAGAAAGACGUCAUGGCACAUUCACCAUUCUGAACACAAAUCUUGUCACUUUGGGGCUAAUUUAUUAUCGAUUUACUCACCACUUAGCUCAUCUAUUUUUGUGUCAUUUUCCCGUGCGCACCAUAACAUCUCUGAGCUCAUGUUGGCUACAAGCACUUGUGCGUCCGUCAGACAGGGGACAGGCAGCGAACGGUCAUUCAGGGGAAAUUUCGGGGCUGCCGGCGUACAGUCCGAGCCCUGAUCUCUCUCAUAUCCAUGCUUCUGUGAAUACAAAGCCUAUAAACUCCCUGGCCUGGCCCGACCCGGUUCUGCCGGUUACUCGAGGCCUCGGCCAGACAGUAGCUCUCCUUGCGUCCUUGUGCACAUGCUCAGAGACUGAGCUCUCUAGCAUGGGGGGUGGGGGGGGGGGGGGGGGAAACCCAAACCUACGCUCGGCUGACCUGACAUGCGAGAUCCGAGCGUGGAGGCUUUUAACUUUCCCUUCUAUUUCCAAGACGCCACAGCUGCCCUUUUUUCUUGCUAAUUCCACAAUUAGCCAAGAACGUUUCAUUUCUUUUCACCGAUUUUUUUUUCUCGUUUGUUUGUACCCUCUUGUUGUCCCGCCCUCGCCAUUGUUCAGUAGUUUGGUCGCACCGUUGAAAGGACUCCAGCAAACCAAAGACUGAAUGAAAGAGUGUCCCUUUAAGCUGACGAAGCCAACAUGAAGGCAAAGCUGGAUUUUUUUUUUUCUUCCCCAGUGUACAUUUUUUUUGGGACUAGUGCAAACAUGGCAAAGGAAAAUGAUGAUGUCAGUCACACUGGAGUGGUCAAUGUUUUUCGAGAGGUUCCGCUCGUCAGCCAAGGUAUGAAACGAUAUUUCGUUGUGUCCCCGCGCCUUUCCCCCCCGUCUUGUUCUGUCACAAAGUCUGUCUCUGGUUCUCGUGGAUUGUUUCCUCCGUGCUCGUGCAUAACUCAAACCUCCUCCCGUCAUCCUUUUUGGUCAACUUCUUAUGGCUGAAAUAUGGCUUCCCCGGGAUGCUCGUUAUAUGUUUGAGUAACUUGUUGUGGUGAUGAUAUUUUCUAUAUUUAAAACAAACAAACAAACAAAAAAGAAUACUGUGGACUUUUAGAUGGCUUAACAUUUUAUAGGGAUGUCAUAUUUGUAAGAGUAUACGAAAAGAAAAUGGGUGGCGGGCUUCAUAUAUUGACUUCUUCCCUCUCUUGCACAGGGCAUGUAAAAGAAAAAAAAAGGACCUUUUUGAGUCCGGUGAAGCUACGUAUUACUUUUUUUUUUUUUUUUGCCGGUACUUGCUUAUUGCGGGACUUCCUGUUCUCGGUUCCCUUGAGGUGGUUUGUACGAGGUGAAUCUGUUGCAUGGGAGAACGCAGGGGACUUCUGGUCUAGAGCUGCAUGAUGUAGGCUGUAUGUAAUUAAACCCAUGUUGGAUCCAAUGGUCCACGCUACCAGGAUAAAAACGUAAAACAACAUUAUGCAGGCAGAUCUCCAGACUGCCUGAUGACUUCCAGUUGUUUCUUAUUUGUUGUAUACACAAAAAUGCACUGAAUAAAAAGUUUAUAUGAAGAUA